CGUACUUUCCCUCGAUCCCUUGAUUGUCACUGGAGAAUGAGAGAAGAGCGACAGCUUACAGCAGUUCCAGUCGGCGCGCGGCGUCCGUCGUGACGCAAUUCAACUUCAUCGCGUUAAAUGUGUUGUACCCGUGUGCUUAUCACUUAGCUUGGAAUUUGCAAUUAAUAAUUAGUUAAACCGCCAAUUUUUUUAACACAAAUCACUCUGACGAGUCUCGAUUGUCGAAUAAUUGAGGGAUGCGUAGGAGAGAUGCUCAAGUCAUUAAAUGCAAUGGAAACCCAGCAUUGCGAUUGAAUCGACGACCCAAUCUUCUCUCAUCGGGAAUAGAUAUCACAAUAUUGCAAGAAAAAUGAAGAAUUAAAUGGAAUAUGCCGCUAUCGUCCACUACUACCCUUGUUGGAGAAUUAACGACUAGCUUCAUACCCACCGUUACCAAGAUUGACAUCAGUCCGGUCUCAGUUAUUCUGGCGAUCUCCGUAGUGUGUAUUCUCUCGCCCAUCACCGUUACCGGUAAUUCCAUCAUCCUAGCAGCCUUCUACAGGUACAAAAGACUCAGGACUGCUUCCAAUUGUCUUUUAGUCUCGUUGGCUAUUAGCGAUUUCGGGAUCGGUGUGUUUAUGCCAGUCGGGAUACAGCUGGAGCUCUCCGGUUUACCAGAAAACGGCGUUUCCGCUCUCUGCAUCGUGCCAUAUUGCAUUGCGAUCGCGCUCUGUAGUGUGAGUGUCCUAGUUACUGUGGCCAUCGCGGUGGACCGUUUGACUUCGUUGGCGCAACCGUUGCGAUAUAAAAACAUCAUCACUCACAGCAGCGUAGAAAAAUAUAUCGCGGUCUUUUGGAUAUAUGCGAUCGCUGUUGGUCUCUCACCUCUCAUCUAUGUUCAAGUCAUCGGAGGGAUGCAAUCGCACAGCGGAAACUGCAGAUUCGAUGCGGCCGUAUUACCACCAGUCAGAGUGUUUCUGGUCGUAGCAGUUUGGGCACCGAGUGCCCUGGUUCUAUUGGGUUGCUACAUGUACGUCUAUCUUGUCGCACGUGCACAUGCACGUGCGAUUUACACAGUGGAAUUAUCGUUUAGACAUCAAACGCAGACGUUGGCACUACCUCGUUAUGGACAAACCCUAGCAGUCACGGUUGGCGCAUUUUUUAUUCUGUGGCUUCCAUUUCAAACUUGCAUGCUGGUAGACAUUUUCUAUGGUACCAACAUCCUAUCGGAAUGGGCGGUGGUGUGGCUAGGUUUGCCAAUCCUUGCGCAUAGCGGCGCGAAUCCAUGGAUCUAUGCUUUUCAUCAUGGUGAGAUGCGCAUCGCUGCCGGAAAAAUUGCUCAAGAUCUGGUCGCUUUGUUUGGUGUGAUGCCGGGCCAUUACGGCUGUUCACCGACAAGAUGCGGUACCAACACGAAUCUUGAAUUGGCCGAGGUGAAUUAUGAUGAAGAGAGCAACGAAAGCAGACGGCAUCCACCCGUAGAGGAUUGCUUUACUACUACUAAGCAUAAAGCUCUUUAUAAGAAUAGAUGCUUAGAAAUAUCAGGUAGACACACCGAUAUCUCGCUCGAGAAGCAUGACAACGAGCAUAUUGCGUCCUGCAGCAGUCGACCGGGCGACAUCAUUGAGGAAAAUAUUCACGACCUGACGAAAAUGCUCGAGCCAAGAUACAUCAUCGAUCGGAAUCACAUUAUCGAUUCCAAUCACAAUAUCGACAAGAUAAAAAAUCUCAAGUAUUUGCUGGAUCCGACUUUCAACAAGAUUAGGCAUCUCCGACGAUUGAAUCACAAACGAAUAAAUGGGAAUAAUUUACCGUUGAUUUUCGAGUCGGAGAAAUUUAUAUCUUAUCAGAAUUUGAAGAGCGACGGCUCACACAGCAAUCGUAAGUUUCUUCAAUUGAACGCCCUAUCGGAUCCAAUACUAAAUAUCGAUACUUCCGUAGUAGACACGAAGAACUCGAACCAAGUAAUGUACCGCGUAAAUAAUGUUGUCUAUCAAAGACGGAAUCCAAACUUGACCAUGUCAGAUUCGAAUCUCGGAGCGGCAACGGUGCAUGCUUCCGAGGUAAGCACGAGACUCUUUCCGAUAAGUGAUAACGACACGGAAAGAUACGGUUAUUCCGUGCAAAAUCUCAAUCACGGAUACGAGGACGCAUUAGCGAGGCACGCAAUGCUUUGUCGACAGAUGGAGGAUCAACAGAGAGAAGCCUUUAGCAAGACUUCUUCUCGCCCGCGACCCAAGUUUCGCCAUUUCGGACACGUGAAUCCGAAUCUGAAGCACAAACUGCGAAACGGCUGCUCCUCCUCGUCGUCGGCGCUUAAUAACGUCAAGACAAGCUGCGAGACGGAUACCUUGAAGCGAAGCGCACUCCCGCACCUAACUAUUACAUCGAAUAAAUUAGCCAAUCUUAUUAACCUAGACUCACCAUCGAGAAAUACGCGCACACCCGCGCACAUAAUAAAUUUUACUGCCAAAACCAUGACGCAAACUCAUAGAAAGUUGGAGGCAUUGAAACACUCCGAGUCGAUUAAUGCAAUCGGCGAUCCAGUGAUGCACCGAGUAACUCUGUUGGAGCCUUCCAACUUGAUGGAUUCGUUGAUUGUUCCGACGAUACAUUCGGAACCUCCGAGUCCUAUAGAUCCUCUUCCCGCGGCAUUUCUUCAGGCCGAAGAGACGCAGAGUCUUGAGAUCCCGAGAUCUGUCGUGGACGUCGCGCAACGCACUAGAUCGCCUAUAAAUAAAAGAAGCAAUCAGAAGCCCAUGAGACGCUCAAUUCCUAUAGUACCGACCGUGUUACUAAAUAUCGAGGACUUGAGCGAACCGUUCGAACAAAGUGAUGAUCAAAUUCCAAGUCAAAGGAGCGACCCUCCAUCUUCCGGUAAUACGUCGACGUUGGAGCCGAUCGAUCUUUUCGAGGCACUGCUGAGGAACUCGGACAAAAAUAGAGACACGAGAUUAUCGGAACCCAUCUUCGCCGAGCACGAUUCCACCAGGUUUAGCUCAAGACGUCCAUCCGAUUCAAAAUGGUCCGAGUCCUCUAGGAGCCAAGAAGUCUUAUCGAACGCCGCAAUGGAGCAUCAAAUCGCGUUCCCAUUGUUUUAUUCGGUCAACGACUUUCAGACUUGUAACAGCGGCAGCGAUCUCAAUGAUCUCACCUCCUUGGACCCCUUUAUGUGUCCCGAUGCUCUGACGUCAUCUCUGCGCGAGUCCUUCUUCAGCGCGCCAUCCAUGCCUGACUCGGAUAUAUUCACGUCUUUCGAGGAGAGCUACGAGCCGGUCUUUACGCCCGAUUCUGAGCGGGACGCAUUGGCGUACAAUUCGAUGUCAACAAUGAAUUUGAAGAAGUGUGCUGUAGAAGCGGCUUUUCAAAGUAGAUCUACGGAAUCAGUGCACCGUGUCAGACAUCCCUCGACACGGUCCUGCACGAUUCUUAGAGUAGAACCGGCCGUACAUUCGAACAGAUUGCGCGUCAGAUCCUGCGUGAAUUACAUCUUGAAGGAACCGCCGCCGGUUAAGAGAAACCCGCGUCUGGCGCCUCUUGCUAUUCCCACACCCACCGAUAUCUGCACUCCUACGUUUGACAUCAUAUCAGAAAUCAAAAGCGAUAACGGUAUUGGCGUUAGAGUUUGAAUCGUUCAGAAGAUAAAUAAGAGUCUGCGAAUUUCCUCGCGUGUUUGCACAAGAGAUAUUUAUCGCAAUAUCGAACUUGAAAUUCUCGAAAGAAUUUGAAAAUUUCUCUAUUGACUUGUAAAAAGAGAAAGAAAGAAAGAGAAAAAUAAGAUUUCAGAGAGUGUGCGAAAGCAUAUAUAAUACGCAGGACAUUUUUAUAUUCCAGAUAUAUCGCAUAUAAAUUAACAAAACGUAUGAAAUACUAUUGUCAAAUAAGUCUCACGUAUGUUUUUAAUAAUUUCUUUUAUUUGUAAUGUGCUACUCGAUAAUGUAACCAAGUUAUUCGUGUAAUUAGUAUUAUAUGGACCAUAAUUUGUUAUAAUUCAUUUUAACAUUUUUUUCGUGAAAGGCAACGUAUGCUUAAAAUAUUAUUUAAUGUGUACAGCUAUUUAUAUACUACUUUUUUACUUGCACAACUCUUACACUUUUUUAUCUUUUUCAAUACUUGAUACUAUCAUACUUGUUUAUACUUCUUAUAUUAAAUUCAAAUUUAUAUUUUUAAUCUUUGAAUGAGAUUAAAAUCACAUCCCUCUGAGAAUUUGAAAGCUCGAUAUUCUUAAGUAAAAACUGUUUUGAUUAUCAGAUAUGUGCACUAUACUGGAUUGGAGUGCAAAGUGUUUUCAAAUUGCAAUAUAAUGAGGAAAAGGAAUAUUUUAUGUCAUUAGUAUCGCAUUUUGAUUUUCAGUGACUAUGUUUCAUCUUAAUAAACAAUAUUUAAUUAAUGUAAAAGAUAGUGAUACAUCGAAUUUGUUACGAUAAUCGAUAUUUGAUCAUCUCGAACGAAUUAUCACUUUAUCUAAAUUAAUAAUAUUUAAUCAUUUAAGCUAAUGAUUCGUUUAUUUAUCUGAUCAAAUAUAAUUUUUAUCAAUAAAUAAAUAAUAUUCCGCCUCAAAUACAAAACAAUAUUUGUUGUAUAGAAGUAGAAGGGGAAGUUCUCUAUGUGGUCCAAUCCAUUAUCUGUUACAUUAUGUAUGUACAUUGUACACACAUAUAUUAUAAAUACGAAUGUGUAGUGCGUUUCUAUUUUGCGAAUCAAUUGAACCAUGUGAAUCGAAUGGUUAUUCAAAAGUUCCGUAAAUGACGUGCCAAGCAAAUUGUUUUAAAUUAAUUUUUCUAGUCAUCUCGUGCUACGCCCGUAAUACAUAUUGUGUUAUAUAUCGUGUACCUGAUUAGAAAUUAUAUAUUUGUUGAUUGGAAAA